CCGUCGAGUCCUUUCAUAAUUCGAUGGGCUUUGUCGUAUUUUGGAUUAUUGAAAUAAGUUUUUCAAUUGAUAAAAGUAAACAAUAAUUCACGAUAAAGUCAAUUAACUAACGUUCCAGUAUGGCUGACCUCAAGAUAUGCAGGAUAUGCCUUCGAACAGAGGCGAAGGUUUACAGGCUCGAUCAAUUUCAGCUUGUGUAUUAUUAUGAAGAAGUUAUGGCGCUAAAAUUAGAUUAUGAUGAUGGUCUACCACAGUACUGCUGCUAUGAAUGUGCCACCAUGCUCCAUAAGUUUCACAAGUUCAAGGAAAAGUGUUACCGAGGACAAAAGGCAUUCAAAGAGAUGCUGUGGAAAGGUCCAGUCACAUAUGAAUCGGUAUACAAAGUCGACAGAAAAGCUCUCGGUCUCCAGUCCACGUUAACAGUUCUCCCAGUGGAGUAUGUUACUACAGACGACAUGGAUACCGUCAUAAAAGAAGAAAACGACGAAUAUGACGAAGACAAUUGCAAUGAGUCAUUAUCGGAUACUGAUAAUCAAGAGAUCUAUAACCAUGAAAGUAAUUCAAUUGAUGAGAAAUGUAUAGUACUACCAGAUAAUGAAGUUGGAAUGGUCGUAGAUUCAGAAAAUCCACUUGAUUCUACAACAGUAUUCGUAGAGGAUAAAAAAGAAGUCACAGUGCUUGAAAAUGAGCCGUUAAAGAAUGAGAAAAAGCCAGUAAAGAAAAGUAAACGAUCACAUACAGCACCUAUUACUCGUAAUGCUAAGAAAUACAAGAUUGUUUCGAAGACGAAGUUCCUGGAUGCUAAUCAUUGGAAGAUGUUUAAUUUGUCGGAAGAAGAGGCAGUGAAAGAUUUCAGGGCUAAAGCAGAUGACCCUAAAUAUUUGGCAGCAUCGUUCAAGUGCACAGAUUGUUUUAAAGGUUUCUCGAAAGAGCUCAUGUUGAAACGACAUAGGCAUUUAAGGCAUAAUGAAACUGUAGGCCCAAUAGAGUGCCGCUUCUGCCGCAUGCGUUUCAAAUGGGACUGCGAACUACGCAAGCACAUGCGCUCACACUUCACCAAGUUCCAGUGUUUGAGAUGCGACCUGGUCUGCCCUAUCGAGACCACAGCUUUGUUACACGAGGAUUAUCACAACGGAAUUAUUAGGAAAUGCAUUCACUGCAAUGAAGAGUUCAAACAUAGUUCGACAUAUUACACGCAUUUGCGUACGCAUCGUAGCGAUCACGUGUGCACGACGUGCGGCGCGUCCUUCGUCAGCGUCGCCGGGCUCAGCCAGCAUAAGAAGCUGCAGCAUUUCCACAGCGAGAUCGAGAGUCCGGACGAUGACGAAGAGGUGAACACAUUCUGUGAGAAGUGCAACAUUCGCUUCGAGACUAGAAAAGCUUACAAUGAGCAUCUGUUCCACUCCGCUAUGCAUUUGGAAGGAGCCGAACAAGAUCUAAACGACGAAUACUCAGUGCCAAAGAAGAUACUUGGAAAGAAAGCUCAGGAAAAGAUCACCAUCGAGCUGCGAAGAAACAAAAACUCAGAACAAAAGUUACCAUCAAUAAAAUCGUACCGAAAGAGGAAACCGAGGAGGCAACCCAAAAAACCAACGGACUGUCAUCAGUGCGGCAAACACUUCGAAACUCAAGCAGCGUGCAUGAAGCACCAUCUAGCGGAGCACCCGCGCACUUCGUUCUUCGCGCCCAAUGAGAGACACAUUUGCGAGAUCUGCGGCGCUUCCUUAGCGCCGGGCAGCGUAGCCAUGCAUCAGAAUAUACACACACGCGAAAAGGAGUUUCCUUGCGACUCCUGUUCGAGGACUUUUCACUCCAGUAUCGGCCUGAAGAGGCAUAUGGUGACGCACACGGGUGAGAAACCAUUCGCCUGCAGCCUGUGCGACAAGCGGUUCACGCAGAGCAACAGUAUGAAACUACACUACCGCACCUUGCAUCUCAAGCAACCCUACCCAAAGAGGAACAGAAGAAAGAAGAAAGCUGAGCCGCCCAUGGUGAUGGAAGAAGAGAAGAGUACCGGGGACGAUUCCAACAGUGGGCAGCAAGACAUGCAUUACCUCACUCUACAAUAAACCAUCAGCCCACGCUACGUCUUCCAGCCCGUGGUCGCCACCCGAGAACUUUCCUGCCCCAACGGCCAUCGUCUCUACGAGCUA